ACAAAUCCUUUGCCUACUAGCUACUACUCACCUUCCAAACCAAAACCAAAAACGCAUCCUUUAUUUCCCAGCAAUUUCUUUGUGAAGCUUUCUCAUCCUUUUAGUUCAACUUUGAUUUCUUCUUUGUUGUUUUUGUUUCGCCUUUCCUCCAUAACAAAAAUCAAUCUCUAGAUUGUUUUUGUGUGUGUUCAAAUUUACUCGAUCAUCAAAUUCCAGAUCCUCUCACCAGGAAAUCUAGUUUGAUUUUGAAGGCCCCAAGUAUUUACCAGGACCAUGGGAAAUUGCUUCUCUGUACAAUUUAGUUUCGAGAAUAUUCUCAUUCGUGGUUGGGAUUCCACUGUAGGGCAUGCUAGUUACGUCUGCAAGCUUAAACAAACUCUUCCAGCUUUGUCUGCUGCUCUUGAUGAACUGAAGGCACAAAGGGAUGACGUGCAAACAAAGGUUGAUCUGGCUGAACGACGACAACUGAAGCGACUGGAGCAAGUUCAGCUAUGGCUUUCAAACGCAGAAACUAUUAUAACAGAGGCAGAGAGAUUAAUUGCUGAUGGCCCUGUAGAAAUAAACAACUUGUGUCUCGGUGGCUGCGUUUCCACGAAUUGCCUGUCUACCUACAAGUUCGGGAAAAAGGUGGCCGAAAAGCUUGAAGAAAUGAAAGAUCAUAUGAAUAAAGGAUCUUUUGAGGAGGUAGCACAGACUCAGCUCCCUGCUUCAGUUGUAGUCAGACCUGAAGAACGGCCAAUUGCUCUUGAAUCCACAAUCCGCAAGGUUUGGAGCUGCAUCGUCGACAAAAGUGUGGGGAUCAUUGGCCUCUACGGCACAGGAGGCGUUGGAAAAACAACACUCUUGACCCGAAUCAACAACAAGUUCAGCACCAAACCAGAGGGUUUCGACAUUGUAAUUUGGUCGCUGGUGUCUAAAGAUUACAAUGUUGAAAAGAUUCAAGACAGGAUUGGUGGGAAAAUUGGUUUUCCGAAUGAAUGCUGGAAGAAUAAAAGUGUUGACCAAAAAGCAGAGGAUAUCUAUAGGGUCUUGCACAACAAGAGAUUUGUUGUAUUAUUGGAUGAUUUAUGGGAGAGGGUGGAUUUGAACAAAGUUGGAAUUCCAAAACCAAGCCAAGAAAAUGGUUCCAAACUUAUUUUCACUACUCGUUCGUUGGAGGUUUGUGGCGAAAUGGAAGCUCAAAAGAAAAUAAGAGUGGAGUGCCUUCAACCAGAAAAGGCUUGGAAAUUAUUCCAAGACAAGGUUGGGGAUGAAACCCUCAACAGCCAUCCAGAUAUUUUGAAAUUAGCCGAACAAGUAGCUAAGGAGUGCGCUGGUCUGCCUCUUGCUCUGAUUACAAUUGCUCGUGCCAUGGCUUGCAAGACAACACCUGGGGAAUGGAGAUAUGCAAUCGAGAAGUUGAAGCGAUCGACGUUACCUAAAAUGGAAAAGGAGGUAUAUCCGCUUUUAAAAUUCAGUUAUGAUAAUCUGUCUUCCACAAUGAAAUGCUGCCUCCUGUACUGCUGUCUGUAUCCUGAGGAUCAUAAUAUUCCCAAGAGGAGAUUAGUAGAGUAUUGGUUUUGUGAAGGGUUGUUGAAUGAAUUUGAUAUCAUUAACGAAGCUCAAAUGCAAGGAGACCACAUUAUCAACUCUCUUCUUAGUGCAUGUUUAUUGGAAAGAGUGGAAGAAUCAUUUGAUGGAAAGGAAUAUGUGAAGAUGCACGAUGUGAUCCGUGACAUGUGUUUGUGGAUUGCAUGCGAGGUUGAAGAGAAAGAGGAGAGUUUUUUUAUAAAAGCAGGGGCUCAAUUAUCAGAGGAGCCAGAUCUUACGGCAUGGGAAGGUGUAAAAAGAAUGUCGGUGAUGCAAAAUCAGAUUGAAGAUCUCGGAGGAACCCCUAAAUGCCCUAACCUUCGAACUUUGUUUCUUGGAGAAAAUAAAUUUGAAGUGAUUAGUGAUGGCUUCUUUCAGUUUAUGCCUCAUCUAACUGUUCUUAACUUGUCAGGAAACCGGGGUUUAGAAACACUGCCCAAAGGAAUUUCAAAAUUGACUUCUCUAGAAUGUCUUGAUCUAUCCGGGACUGCUAUAAGAGCGUUGCCAAUAGAGUUGAAAUCCUUGACAAAACUGAAAAUGUUGGACUUGAGUUACAUGCACCAUCUCAGAAGAAUCCCACAGAAUUUGAUAUCUAGUUUUUCCAAGCUGCAAAUAUUGAGGAUGCGGAAUGUGCAUGUGCGAGGCAGUUUGGAGGAAGACAAUGUUCUGGAUGGGGGCAAUAAUGAAAAGCUUAUAGAGGAAUUGAAAAGUCUGCAACAUCUGAAUAUACUAGUGAUGCCGGGGAUACAAAGCAUGUCUGCACUAGAAAGAGUUCUAAGCCUCCGCUUGUUUCGAUGCAGCAUCGAAACACUAGAGUUAUGGUAUUUUAAGGAGACAAAAGUGUUUAACGUUUUAUGUUUAGAAAACAUGGAGCGUCUGGAGAUAUUAUGGUUUAGGGCUUGUGGAAAUAUGGAGAUGAGAAUGGAAAAACUGCAUACCAGGCUUCCUCCGAGUAGUAAUUAUACUGCAGGCUUCCGCACAUUGAGGGAAGUUGCAAUUAUGCAUUGUCACAAAUUGAAGGACGUUACCUGGCUGUUUCUUGCUCCAAAUCUAAGGUCCCUUUGGAUAAAUGAGUGUGCAAAAAUAGAAGUUUUGAGUGAGGGAAAACUUGGAGAAGUUGCAGAUGUGGUCAGAAUUCCAUAUCCUACACCAUUUCUGAAGCUUCAAGAUCUUAAUUUAGAACGCCUACCAGAAUUGAAGAGCAUAUACAGGGAUGCCCUACCCUUCCCAUGUCUGAAACGUAUUCGUGUAAGGAAGUGCCCAGAACUGAAGAAGCUUCCUCUCAACUCUGACAGCGCCAAAGGGAAUCACAUCGUCAUUCAUGGAAGGCCAGACUGGUGGGAACAGCUAGAAUGGGAGAAUGAGGCCACUCGAAAUGCUUUUCUGCCGUCUUUCAGAAAUUCACUAUUACCCAUACCAUAAUGCAUGCUUGAAACAAGGAGACAUAAAAUCUUCAUCUUCAUGUUUUGCUAUUCUCUCUCUUUGAUUUACCAUUAUAAUUAGGAUU